AUGAAUUAUUACAUUAGUAAACAUAUAGCAACUACUUCUACUGGUUCUAUAAAUCUCGCUAAAAUACGUGAAAAAUAUGGCAAUAUACGGCUUCCAUCUCGAUAUCAAGUUAAUAAUGAAGAUGAACCAGAGAUGUCUGAUUUGCAUGAAAAAUAUUCGCAGUUAGAAGUAAUUUCCAAGGAAGUGGAGUAUUUGAGAGAAGAAAAUAAAUUUCUAGCAACUGUAAACUCUGAGUUUAGCAAUAAAAAUGAUAUAUUAACAAAGGAGAAUAAAGAAUUGAUAAACGGUGUUAGCAUCGGUUCAAAUGAGGAUAAACUUUUGCUUAAAUGUCGAAAGCUAAAUAAAAAAUUAAGGAAAUCUAAAAGAAAAGAGCGUAUAUUGUAUAAAGAUAAUAAAAAAAAAUUAUCAACAGAAGACAGUUUGGAAUUGGUAGAUGAAUUUGAAAUGAAAUCAAUAUUAAAAACUGUUAAUAAACCAUAUCUGCAAUUUGAUUAUGAUGAGAAAUUUAUUAGUAAGAAAAAUAUAGAGGCUGCUUUAGAUCUUUAUAAUAAAAAUGAUUCACAAGUGAUAAAAUACCAAAAGCGAUUAUUACUCAGUAUGCUAUCCGAUAGUUUGUAUCAUUCACCUGAAAUUAGUGAGAUUGAAGAUGAGAACUCGAACGAUACUAUAAUUUGCGAUUAUGAUUAUUUGUGGCAUUCAGAUGAACUAAAGGAAUUAUUACAGAAUGUUCUCGAUAUACAUUCAACUAAAAUCCAAAUGGCACAACUACAACAAGAUCGAUACUAUGAUAACAAGAAGCAAAUUUUCGCCUGUCCAUGGUCAGAAAAUGCUCCAGAAUGGUCUUAUAAAGAACAAGAUGAUUCAUCUUAUAACACUGAUAUUGAAAGGAAUUUGGAAGAACAAAAGCAUGAUGCGGCAAUAUUAACUAAUGAAGAAACUGGUGAAGAAGAAACACCCAAUCGUGAAACUCUUUAA